AUGGAUAUACAGAUGGAUCAUGAGGUCCUGGAGCAUAUACUUGAUGGAAGAGAGAAGCCGAAAAAUCUAUCACUCGCACUUUUGAAGGAUGUCACAGGAAAUUUCUCGGGCGAUCGAGAAAUCGGCCACGGUGGAUUUGCAAUCGUUUAUAAGGGAGUGCUCCCAAAUGGGAACUACGUUGCAGUAAAGAGGAUAAAGAACAGCCAUUCAAUCAAUGAGACGUUGUUUUAUCGCGAAGUUGACAGCCUGUUGAACAUUGAACACGAAAAUGUUGUACGGUUUCUUGGCUUCUGUGCUAGCACAGACCAGAUAGCCAUAGAAAAAGAAGGAUCAAAAGAAUUUAUUUACGCAGAGGUAAGAGAAAGACUACUCUGCUUUGAGUAUAUCAGCAAUGGAAGCCUGAAAAAUUAUAUUACCGAUGAAUUAAGGGGACUUGAAUGGAACACGCGUUAUGAAAUAAUUAGAGGCAUUUGUGAAGGUUUGUACCAUCUGCACCGGGAAAAGCAAAUUUAUCAUAUGGAUAUGAAACCUGACAAUAUACUGCUAGAUAAUGAUAUGGUUCCGAAAAUCACUGAUUUUGGUUUAUCGAGACUAGAUGAAAAGUCACAAACCAUAAGUGAAGACCGCUUCGGAUCAGUAGGAUACUGUGCUCCAGAAUACCUACAGCAGGGAAAGAUGUCAUUCAAAUCAGACAUGUACAAUUUGGGUGUUAUAAUUAUUGAACUAGUGACAGGACAGAAGGCGAUCCCCAACAAUAAUAAUGAGAUGGAGGCACAGAUGGAAGAAAACAGGGAAGGAAACACCAUUGGUUUAGCAACAAGUAGCAAAAUGCCUCGAAAUUGGGUUACUAUGCCAGGAAAUUGA